AUGUCGAAGGUGAUCCAGAAGAAGCACCACUGGACGGCCAAGGUGCACCAGUGCACGGUGAGCCGCGGCGCGCGCGGCGAGCUGGGGGUCCCGGUCCUGGGGGGCGCGGAGUACGGCGAGUUCCCUUACGUCGGGCCGGCGGAGACGGCGCUCCCCGCGGGCGGCGGCGGCGAGGAAGGGGAGCUGGGCGAAGGGGAGCUCUUGCUGGAGGUGCAGGGCGUGCGGGUGUCGGGCUUGCCCCGCUACGACGUGCUGGGCGUUCUCCGCAGCUGCAAGGACCCCGUCACUAUCAAAGCCGUCAGACAAGGAAGCCGUCUGAACAAAGAUCUGAGACAUUAUCUCAACCAGAGGUUUCAGAAAGGAUCUCCUGAUCAUGAGCUGCAGCAGACUAUUAGAGAUAACCUUUAUCGUCAUGCGGUGCCUUGCACAACUCGUCCUCCACGAGAAGGAGAAGUGCCUGGUGUGGAUUAUAACUUUCUAACUGUGCAGGAGUUCCGUGAGCUUGAGAAAAGUGGGACUCUUCUUGAAGUAGGAACGUAUGAAGGUAACUAUUAUGGAACACCCAAGCCUCCCAGCCAACCCCUCAGUGGGAAAGUGAAUAACACUGAUGCUUUGCAAAACCUCCAAUCCGGCUCCAAGCAGUCGACCCCCAAACGAACCAAGUCUUACAAUGAUAUGCAAAAUGCUGGCAUAGUGCAUACGGAGAAUGAAGAGGAGGAUGACGUCCAAGAAAUGAACAGCAGCUUUACAGCAGACUCUGGUGAACAAGACAAGCACAAUACGCACAGUACGAGAGAGACACCUCUUGCACCUGUGAAUAGCAGCAUCACAACCGUCCCCACCACGGAACCUUCUCAGAAGCUCCCUCAAUACCUACCUCCUUGUGCAGAGGAAAACUUGGGUCCUCUGCCCGAAAACUGGGAGAUGGCCUAUACAGAGAACGGAGAAGUCUACUUUAUAGACCAUAACACUAAAACUACGUCUUGGCUAGACCCACGGUGCCUGAAUAAACAGCAAAAGCCUCUAGAAGAAUGUGAAGAUGAUGAAGGGGUACACACGGAGGAACUGGACAGUGAACUAGAACUACCUGCUGGUUGGGAAAAGAUUGAAGAUCCUGUAUAUGGUGUCUACUAUGUAGAUCACAUCAACAGGAAGACACAAUACGAGAAUCCAGUUCUGGAAGCCAAACGGAAGAAGCAGCUCGAGCAACAGCAGCCACAGCCAGCACCCCCAGAAGAAUGGACAGAAGAGCAUCCCCCUCUUGCCCCUCCUGCUGUUCCAAACCACGUUCCUAAUAACCAGGAGACAGUUCGAGAUGCACCAGUGCAAGCAGGAAAACCAUUUUUCACACGGAACCCAUCAGAGCUGAAAGGGAAGUUCAUUCACACCAAACUGAGGAAAAGCAGCAGGGGGUUUGGUUUCACUGUUGUUGGAGGGGACGAGCCGGAUGAGUUUCUUCAGAUAAAGAGUUUGGUUCUCGACGGCCCUGCUGCUCUGGAUGGCAAAAUGGAAACAGGAGACGUUAUCGUCAGCGUGAAUGACACAUGUGUGUUGGGCCAUACGCAUGCUCAAGUUGUGAAAAUCUUCCAGUCGAUUCCCAUCGGUGCCAGCGUGGAUCUAGAACUGUGCCGAGGCUAUCCUCUGCCUUUUGACCCAGAUGAUCCUAACACAAGCCUGGUGACAUCUGUGGCCAUUUUGGAUAAAGAACCAAUCAUUGUGAAUGGGCAGGAAAAUUACGACUCUCCAGCAAGCCACGGUAGCAAAACGGGGAAAGUAAACGGGACGAAGGAGCCAAGGCCUAGCAGUCCGGCUGAGAUUUCUUCAAACGGAUCCCACGUUUACCCUAACGACACCGUCUCUUUGGCUUCUUCUAUAGCAACGCAACCUGAACUCAUAACUGUACAUAUAAUUAAAGGGCCCAUGGGUUUUGGUUUUACUAUAGCAGACAGUCCCGGGGGCGGGGGACAGAGAGUGAAGCAAAUUGUUGACAGCCCAAGGUGCCGAGGCCUAAAAGAAGGGGAUCUUAUAGUCGAAGUCAAUAAGAAGAAUGUGCAGAAUCUUACUCACAACCAAGUUGUGGAUAUGCUGAUUGAAUGUCCUAAAGGAAGUGAAGUGACAUUGCUCGUGCAGCGAGGAGGACUUCCAGCCCCAAAGAAGAGUCCAAAGUCGCAACCACUUGAAAGGAAAGAUAGCCAAAACAGCUCUCAACACAGCGUCUCCAGCCACCGCAGCGCACACACCGCUUCGCCCGUCCACAGCACCCAGGUGCUUCCCGACUACCCUGCCACCGAAGCGCCCGCCACAGACCAGCCAGACAACACUGGGCAGAAGAAGCCGGAUCCAUUCAAAAUCUGGGCCCAGUCCAGGAGCAUGUAUGAAAGCCGACCUAUGUCACCUUCGCCUGCGACUGGACUGAGCAAGGGUGAAAGAGAGAGAGAAAUCAGUUCCACGAAUUUUGGAGAAUUUCCAGAUUAUCAAGAGCAGGAUAUCUUUCUAUGGAGAAAGGAAACUGGGUUUGGAUUCAGGAUUCUCGGCGGCAAUGAGCCUGGGGAACCUAUUUACAUUGGUCACAUCGUGCCACUGGGUGCUGCAGAUGCUGACGGCCGCCUGCGGUCAGGGGACGAAUUGAUCUGUGUGGAUGGGACUCCGGUGGUUGGGAAGUCGCAUCAACUUGUCGUGCAGCUUAUGCAACAGGCCGCCAAGCAAGGCCACGUCAAUUUAACUGUCAGGCGCAAAGUGGUGUAUGCAGUUCCGAAAGCAGAGAACGAGGUGCCGUCUCCAGCUUCGUCCCAUCACAGCAGCAACCAGCCUGCUUCUCUGACGGAGGAGAAACGCACUCCACAGGGAAGCCAGAACUCCCUCAACACCGUCAGUUCAGGCAGUGGCAGCACCAGCGGUAUCGGAAGCGGAGGCGGCGGCGGGAGCGGUGUGGUCAGCACGGUAGUGCAGCCCUAUGAUGUGGAAAUUCGCCGGGGAGAGAGCGAAGGCUUCGGCUUUGUCAUUGUGUCUUCGGUUAGUCGGCCAGAAGCUGGAACAACUUUCGCAGGCAAUGCAUGUGUGGCCAUGCCUCACAAAAUAGGUCGGAUUAUUGAGGGGAGCCCAGCAGACCGCUGCGGGAAGCUGAAAGUGGGGGACCGGAUAUUGGCCGUUAACGGAUGCUCCAUCACCAACAAAUCACAUUCGGACAUCGUCAACCUAAUUAAAGAAGCCGGGAAUACGGUUACUCUGCGCAUUAUUCCAGGGGAUGAAUCCUCCAAUGCUACUUUGUUGACCAAUGCAGAAAAAAUUGCAACGAUUACAACCACGCAUACUCCUCAGCAAAUGCCACAGGAGACCAGGAACAACACAAAACCAAAGCAGGAGUCCCAGUUCGAUUUCAAGCCGCCCCCAGCUUCACAGCCGGACCAGGAUUUUUACACAGUUGAACUUGAAAGAGGAGCCAAAGGUUUUGGCUUCAGCCUGCGAGGUGGCCGAGAAUAUAACAUGGAUCUCUACGUGUUGCGGUUAGCAGAGGAUGGUCCUGCUGAGAGAUGUGGGAAAAUGAGGAUUGGUGAUGAAAUCCUGGAGAUCAAUGGAGAAACUACAAAGAACAUGAAGCACGCCCGGGCCAUAGAACUGAUUAAAAACGGUGGCCGCAAAGUUCGCCUCUUUCUCAAACGUGGAGAUGGUUCUGUACCAGAAUAUGGUGGCAGCAAUGACAGGAACAGCCCAGCCACAGGUACACAAAAUGUAUCGGAAAUGAAAAACAUGCCAUCUGACAGACGACAACACUCAUCAUUGGAGCCCAGUUAUCCACCAGAUCUUCACAAAUCAUCACAACAUGGAGACAAGCGGAUAUAUUUUAAGGACCCAAAAGGCAGCAAAGAGUUUGGCAGACAAUCCAAUGAACACCACACUUGGAACGGAACUCCUAAAAACAGCAAUAGCAUAGCAGGCAGGAAAAAAGACAAGUCACCAGAAGGGAGGCGAGACCGGCCGUCAGACAGAGUGGUGGUGAUCAACGGACAAAAACGGAAAUCUCCUGAAAAGAGGAGGGAAGGGACAAGGAGUGCUGAUAAUACUCUAGAGAGAAGGGAACGGCAUGAGAGGAGGAGAGAAUUUUCUCCAGAGAGACGAAGAGAAAGGUCUCCAACCCGCAGGAGGGAUGGCUCACCUAGCAGAAGGAGGCGGUCACUCGAGAGGCUGAUGGAUCAAAGGAGAUCCCCAGACAGGAAGAGAGACAGCUCACCCUCCGAAAGGAGGGCGAAGUCAACCGACAGGAGGAGAGAGAGGACCCCAGAACGGAGGAGAGAGAGGUCUCCUGACAAAAGAAACAGGGAUGACAAAGUCGGCUUCAGGGAGAAGGAAGAACGCACUCUAAAAUAUGACACGAGUAAAAAUAACAGGCAAUCCCUUGAGCAAAGACGGAGACCCUACAAAGAGUGCAGUACUGACCUCAGUAUCUAAGGGGCUUUAUAGGCCUAUGAUACUAUUGCGGCCUUUCCCAGCAUUCAGAGUUCACAAGAAGGAAGGUAGCAAACCUGAAUCCAUUUUAGUUUGUCGUGUCUAAUGCCUCCAAGAGCAAAAAAUCAAAAUAAAAUCUGAUCAUGAGAAUAUGUACAGUUGUGCC